CUGGCGGCUGUUGACGUGCCUUGUGAUUGUCAAAGGCUUAUUCUAGAAAAAACUAACACAGCCGGCUAAAAUGUUUGGUUUAAUUAUUUCCGGUAGACUGCCCCAAACCGAUUUUGUCGCGGUAGAUGAAAACAAGCUAUUGAUAAACGUGCCAGACAUUGAAGCAGUCAAUUAUGUUGUUAUUUUUUUAACUGGCAUCUCACCCCUGCCCCUGGGCACCGCAGCAGCCAUCUACUUCAGCUGGCCGGACGCGAAUGCAGCACCCACCUGGCAAUAUCUGGGCCACAUAAACAACAACAAGCCAUCAGCGAUAUUUAAAAUAGCCCAGCUUAAGAAGGGCCACGAGCUGGAGACGCAGGCAAACGGCAUGGUUUUUGGCGCCCAGGAAAUCUCGCAUAUAGCACAAAUUGGCAUUUCCAUUGAGCCCGAGUUGACGGUGGCACAGCAAACUCCGGCGGUUUCCAGCGCCAACGAUAAUAAACAAUUUGGCCAGCGCAUGUUGGAGAACUUCUUUAAUUAUGCGUCCAGUUUUUGUGUAGGCGUGCCGGAGAUACCGCCCGCCACAACAGAAACAUUUGUGCCUUUUUCCGUUGUCCAGAACUGGUACACAAACUUCCAGAGGCGCAUGGAGCAGAAUCCCAAUUAUUGGAAGCAGUGUUAAUUGUAUUUAUAUCAUAUCAG